UCAUCCGCUGCCUACGCGAGGACCGGAUUGAGGGUCUUGAAGUAAAAAGGAUUUUUACUUGUUAGGCACCUGUGUUGUCAAGAAGAUUCGGUAGAAAUCUUUUUUUUUCCUCCAUGAAUGACCACAGAUUAGGGACAGUGUAAUUUUUUUUUUCUAGCACAGGACCUUAGUCCAGUGGGUGGAGGUGAUAGAAUUUUUUAUUUUUCAAGAACGGCUUCUAGAAACCUGAUAGGAAAGACGGAGGAGAAGGAAUUCCAGCACCCUCGAUGAGGUUGAAGCGUAACGGUGCCAGAGAAACUGGUGCCUCUUGUACAUUGCAUUCAAUUUGUGAUACUUCUUAUACAUUUGGACGAAAUCGCACCAUGUCAAAAUGGCUAAAGACAGCCGUAUUUGUUGUAGUUUUAUUAUUUUUGGUUAACACAGCUUCUUCGCAACGUAGUUCUCAAAAUGAAAGAGAGGAGACCCCAAGAGAAUGUGGUGGCUGCACGGUAGUCGGAGGAUGUAAAUGCAUAGGUGAAAAAGGAAGCAGGGGUGUACCUGGAUCAAUAGGCCCUUCUGGACCACAGGGCCAUACCGGCUUCGUAGGACCCGAAGGUCUACCUGGACCUAAAGGAGAAAAAGGCGAUCAUGGACCAACAGGCCCACAAGGCGAACCAGGUGAUAGGGGUAAAAUGGGUAGUCCUGGAUUUCCCGGCAUCAAUGGUGUACCUGGAUUACCUGGACCUAUUGGACCAAGAGGUUUGCCUGGACUUGAUGGUUGCAAUGGUACUCAAGGUGACCCAGGUCCAGCUGGAUUACCAGGUAUGCAAGGUUUACCAGGAAAUCCUGGAGUUUCAGGAUUUAAAGGCCAGAAAGGUGAACCAGCUGAAGGUGGUAUUGGAUUCAAAGGCCAAAAGGGUGAACCCGGAGAUGAUGGUAUUCAAGGACCUCCAGGAGAGCGUGGUCCUCCAGGACCAGAAGGACCUAAAGGUGAAAUUGGUUUGCCUGGUAGAAAUGGUUUGGAUGGUGCUAAAGGUGACAAGGGUGACAGAGGUGAAAUGGGAAUAGUGAAGCUCGGAAUGAAAGGUGAGAGAGGACCAAAAGGUGAAAAAGGUUCUAUUGGACAACCUGGCUAUAGCCCAUCAUAUGAACCUCCUUCACAACAAAUUGAAGGAAAACAAGGACCACCUGGACAAAAAGGAAAUCCUGGACCAGUGGGAGCCAGAGGACUACAAGGGCCUCAAGGUCUUAAAGGAGAAAUCGGUAGAACUGGUGCUCAAGGACUUCCUGGUAUGCUUGGUGAAAAGGGUCUCCCUGGUGAACCUGGACCUAGGGGUAAACAAGGUUAUUCAGGACCACAAGGUCUUCCAGGUCCAAAGGGUGACAGAGGCCCUGAAGGCAUUUCAGGAGUCCCAGGCAAUGUUGGUAUGAAAGGAGAAAGAGGAAGAGAUGGUUUAACUGGAGAAAAAGGUUUACCAGGCCCCGCUGGUCUACCUGGUGGUAAAGGAGGAAGUGGUGAAAUGGGACCGAAAGGCUCAAAGGGUGAAAGAGGACCAAUAGGGUUAGAAGGUCUCGAAGGUCCAGCUGGGCCAAAGGGUGAUCGGGGAGAUCAAGGUUUGCCUGGAGGCCCUGGUUUGCCUGGUCCACAAGGCAUUGAAGGAAGGGAAGGACCAAAAGGAGACAGGGGUGAUCCUGGUUUAGCUGGUCAACCUGGUAUAAAUGGUCGUCCUGGUAAUCCAGGCAUUGAUGGUGAAAAGGGUGAACCAGGUCUUAAAGGAGAACCAGGUCUUGGAUUUCCAGGUCCUGUGGGCCCACCAGGUCUGCCAGGUGAUGAUGGCAUUCCAGGUAUUAAAGGAGAUAAAGGUGUCAAAGGUCUGCCAGGAGAGCCAGGUGAUUCCAAGAAAGGUUCCCCUGGUCCAGCUGGUGACAAAGGUGACAAAGGUGCUACAGGUGUCCCUGGAUUACGAGGUGCAAAUGGACAGCCAGGCUUGAGAGGAUUUAAAGGUGAUGCUGGAGGCACUUGUAAUGCUUGUAGGCCAGGUGAAAAGGGAGCUAAAGGAGAGAGGGGUAUUGAUGGACUACCUGGACUUAAUGGUUCACCAGGUCUUCAGGGUUUUCCAGGACAGACAGGAGAAACAGGUGAUCCAGGUGAUAUGGGUUCUCCUGGCCAGCCUGGCAGUUCCGGCCCCAAAGGUGAUAAGGGAGAACCAGGCAGAGAAGGAUUGAAAGGUGAACCAGCUGAGCCAACAUUAUUCUAUGGUGAACCAGGUCCCAAAGGAGACAUUGGUUCACCUGGGUUAGCAGGAGAGCCUGGAAGAGAGGGUAAAGUAGGACCACAAGGACCCCCAGGUUCUCCUGGUAGAGGCGGACCAAAAGGAGACAAGGGCUUCAAAGGAGAUCCUGGAAUUCCUGGAAAUGAUGGAUUACCUGGCAUCCCUGGUGAAAAAGGUAAUCGUGGAGAGCCUGGCUUUGGUUUACCUGGUUUAAAUGGUGACCGUGGUGAUCCUGGUUUCAAUGGUGUGCCAGGUCUACCUGGUGACCAAGGUCCUAAAGGUGAACCUGGUCCACCUGCUACAAGCUCUAAAGGAGAAAAGGGAGAGAUGGGAAAUCCAGGCAUUCCUGGCAGGAUUGGUGAGAAAGGAGAACCGGGUUUGCCAGGUCCUAAAGGUUUAGACGGUUUUCCUGGUAACCCAGGUACACCAGGGCCUAUAGGAGAGAAAGGAGAACCUGGUCUUUCUGGUAUGCCUGGAGCUAGAGGUAUGCCUGGACCUAGAGGAAAUGAUGGCUUACCUGGUCAACCUGGAUUAAGAGGUUUGGAUGGUGUAAAGGGGGAUGCAGGAGAACCUGGACAACCUGGUUUAGAAGGUAUGACUGGAGAAAAAGGUUACCCUGGCCAAACUAUCCAAGGUCAGAAAGGUGAGAUUGGCCCAAUGGGACCACGUGGAGAAAGAGGAGAGCCCGGAGAACCUGGACUUGAUGGUCCUAGUGGUAUGCCUGGCAUACCUGGUGAGAGAGGAAGCCCUGGAAGCCCUGGCUUACCUGGACCAGAAGGCAAUCCUGGUAUCAGUGGAGAACCUGGUCCAGUUGGACCAGCUGGACCAAGAGGAGAAAAGGGAGAACGAGGAGAACCUGGAAAUAUGGGUAUGACUGGAUUAAAGGGUGAACCUGGACGUGAUGGUGUACCAGGCCCACCUGGUCUGAAAGGGUCAAGUGGUAUUCCAGGAGCAACAGGGAAACCUGGAACUCCAGGAAGUCCAGGAUCGCCAGGACUGCCAGGCAUUGCUGGUCUUGAAGGAAGGCCUGGUCAAAUAGGUGAGAAGGGAGAUAGAGGACUUCAAGGUCUAAAAGGUGAACCAGGAAACGAUGGUCUUCCUGGACUACCUGGUAGUCCUGGUUUGAAAGGUGCGCGGGGCAAUGAUGGACGUCCAGGACCUGCUGGUGAACCUGGCCGUGAUGGAGACAAAGGUGAGCCAGGUCUGCCUGGUAAUCCAGGUCUAAUGGGCUUCCCAGGAGAGAAAGGUUCCACAGGAAGUCCAGGUGUUAAAGGUGAUCCAGGCCUUCCAGGACCAAAGGGUAACCCUGGUGUACGAGGACCAAUGGGCCCUGAGGGAGUCCCUGGACUGACUGGUGAUCCUGGCAUAGGAUUACCUGGACCUCCAGGCAGAAAAGGUGAUAAAGGAACAGAUGGAUUUCGAGGAGUAGAAGGAAUGCCAGGAAAAAGUGGAGAGAAAGGUGAAAGGGGAGAAGAUGGACUUCCAGGACUUAAGGGUGAUCCAGGCCUCCCAGGACAAAAUGGUUUGCCUGGAAUUGAUGGUAAACCCGGAGAACCAGGUUUGCCUGGAGCUGAUGGACCCCCUGGACCACCUGGACUUAAAGGUGAUAGAGGUCCUCAAGGCAGAGAAGGCAUAAAAGGUUUGGAUGGUUUACCAGGACCUAAAGGUGACCCAGGAUACGAAGGCAUCAGAGGUGAAAAAGGAGAGCCAGGUUUACCUGGUAAACCAGGACUUAAUGGUCAGCCUGGUUUGAGAGGUCCACCUGGAGAAGCUGGUCAACCUGGAAUUCCAGGCAUUGAUGGAGAUAAAGGUGCCCAAGGUGAACCUGGCCAGCCUGGCCUGCCUGGGUUACAAGGAGAACCUGGUGAAGAUGGAUUACCUGGUGGCCCUGGGCCAUCUGGGUCAAAAGGAGACAGAGGACUUCCUGGAAUCGAAGGUCUCCCUGGACUUCCUGGACUGUCAUCGCAAGGAAUGAAAGGUGAACCUGGACGUAACGGCUUGGAUGGAACAGAUGGAUUAGAUGGUCCCCCAGGAGAACCAGGUAGCCGAGGUUUACCAGGAUUGCAAGGACCUAAAGGUGAACCAGGCGAUGUAGCCACCCCUGGACCAAAAGGACAAAAGGGAGAGCCUGGAAUCAAUGGACAGCCAGGUCUUAAUGGUCCCAAGGGAGAAAUAGGAGAAAGUGGCUUACCAGGGUUUGAAGGUGAAAAAGGAGAUAGAGGUUUCCCUGGUGAGGAAGGUGAACCAGGCAUGCCAGGUAUUCCAGGUGAAAUAGGAUUACAAGGACUUGAUGGAGAAAAAGGGGAGCCUGGACGUCCAGGACUUGAUGGGCAAGAUGGUUUACCUGGGUUACAGGGUCCACCAGGAGAAAAGGGAGAUCUAGGUCCAUUCGGUGAACGUGGACAAAGAGGAGAACCAGGUCCAAUGGGUGACCCUGGUGUUGAUGGUCUCCCAGGACCCAGCGGUGUCUGCACACUGACUCAAGCUCCACCUGGCCCACGGGGUCCUGCUGGUGAGAAAGGUGAUGAAGGCUUCCCAGGCCUUGACGGACUGAAGGGAGAGCGGGGUGAUAUAGGUCAGGCUGGUCAGAAGGGUGCUAAAGGAGAUUCAGGCCAACCUGGUAUUCCUGGGGAACCAGGUAUACCUGGUAAUGAUGGCUUAAACGGUCGUCCAGGAGAAAACGGUAUUCCAGGUCCUGAAGGUAUAAAAGGUAAUCGUGGUCCUCCAGGCUUAUCAGGAGCCACUCCUCCAACUGGCUACCUCAUGGUUCGUCACAGUAUGUCUGAUUUGGUUCCUAAGUGUGGCAACGAUUCCUACCCAAUGUGGGAGGGUUACAGUUUGUUGUAUAUUGAAGGCAAUGAGAGAUCACACCAUCAGGAUCUAGGCUGGGCUGGCUCUUGUCUUAGACGUUUCAGCACUAUGCCAUUCAUGUUUUGCAACAUCAACAAUGUCUGCAACUAUGCCUCCCGCAAUGACCGCACCUACUGGCUCUCCACCAACGCUCCCAUCCCAAUGAUGCCAGUUGCAGAGAAUGAGAUUCGCAGAUAUAUCAGUCGAUGUGUUGUGUGUGAUGUGCCCUCCAAUGUUAUUGCAAUCCAUAGCCAAUCGACCGUUGUACCUGAAUGUCCAAAUAGGUGGUCAAGAUUGUGGUUUGGAUACUCCUUUGCUAUGCACACAGCUGCUGGCCCUGGUGGUGGUGGCCAGUCCUUUUCAAGCCCUGGCAGCUGUCUUGAAGAUUUCCGUGCUACUCCAUUCAUUGAAUGCAAUGGCGGCCGUGGCACAUGUCACUACUUUGCCAACAAGUACAGCUUCUGGCUGACAGCAAUGGAGCCCAACUCUGAAUUCCUUACACCUGUUAGCCAGACCUUAAAGUCAGGCUAUACACGAAACCGUGUCAGUAGGUGCAGUGUUUGUAUGAAGGAUGUGUGAAAAUGAAUAUUCAGUUAUACAAUUUAUUCAAUUUUAGAAAUAUUUGUUACUGUCAAACUUAUGUGAUUAGAAUUCAUCUUCAUAUUCAUAAGUACAAAUAAUUUUGAACAAAUAGUUGUUUGUUGUUUUUUUUUUUUUUUUUUUUAACAUGUAUAUAUAUUUUUUUUAUUUAUCCUGCCAUCAUUUUUUUUUUGCAAUAGAUACAACAAUUUUUAAAUGGUUCUAUUUUUUCAUUGUUUUUAGUUAUAUUCUUUUUAAAGUCUUUUUUGUGUAUAUGUUGUCAGUAAACAAUACAAUUUAAUAGAUUUUUCAGAUUUUGCCUAAAGCUGUUUUUUUUAUAAACAAAAAACUAACGUGUUUACCUUUGAAUGUAAAAUAUCUAUUGUGCAUCUAUUACUUACUCACCCAAAUAAUCCUGGCCACUGUUUGAAAAGGAAUAAAUGAUGCAACUCAGAGAGUGCUUGGUGCUUCAUUCACUUUUUGUUGUGUGUAUAAGUGAACAGAUGUGCCUACAAUCGUGUCACUUUUUUUUUUUUCAUUGUUAAGUCAAAAUUAUUGGAACACAAGAAGGUUAUGCCAUUUAUUGCCUUAGAGGUGAAGGAGAAAAUGGCUUUGAUUUGUUUCAGUUGUCAAAACAAAAAGCCACCUGCACCCGACUUUUUUGUUUAAACUUUCAAAGAUUUCAGUAGUGGAUCUAGUCACUUGUGCAAUCUCUAUGUUUUAAUGCUCAACGUGUCACUGUUCAUCUGUGUUCAAAAAACUAGCAAGAGAAGCCUCUAAGAAAAACAAAAAAAAACACUUGAUUUUGAUGCUUCAGGAAAUAAAUACUACACAAGUUCAAUGACAGAAACGUCCAUGUCUUUUGCCAGAAAUGUGCCUUUGAAACUUUUAAUAUUUUUUCAUGAAGAAUUAAUUAUUUACACAAUCACAUUAUAAUGAGGAGGUGAAAAGAAUGUUUCUACGAGAAAUCAUUACCAAACUUCUUUGUGACAAAUUAAAAAUGUAUUUGAUGUAAUUUAUCAGAGUUUCAAUUUGCAAUCAUAUUUUAAGACAAAGAUUACAAAGAUUUGGAUGAAUAAAAAAGAGACAGAAAAAAAAACACCCAUUAAAAUAUGAGUCUUUAAACUGAGCAUUUUAGUUUUUGGCUUAUUUUUUAUUUUAUUUGGUAUCAUUCUAUAAGUUUAUUUUACAUAUUUGAAUAAUCUUCAUAACUUUCAACAUUGACUCCUUUUCCAAUGAACAAUUUGAUAAUUUAAUGACAUAUUGUCCAAUAAACUCAGAUAGUGAUGAUAAAGUUAACGAAAAAAAGUUAUCUGUGUAAUUUUGUCAAAACUAUCAUUAGCUGUCUGCUUGACCUUAACAUUUGAGAUGUGUUGCUAUGAAACUGUCUAAUCCUGUACACGCAGUCUUGUGUUUGUCCCUGUGCACACAUUUUGUGUUUGUCUGUGUGCACACAUCUUGUGUUUGUCCCUGUGCACACAUCUUGUGUUUGUCCCUGUGCACACAUCUUGUGUUUGUCCCUGUGCACACAUUUUGUGCUUUGUCUGGAACUACAUUUCAUUCAAAGAAACUUCAUUUUUCUUUAUUACUCCUGAUUUAUUCUGAUGUCAGUGUCAUAUACAUAGUCUAGAAUCUCAGCUGAGCUAAUCACUGACUGUGUAACAACUUACUAACUCUAUUAUUAAUGGAGUCACUUGUUAAACAUAGCAAUUACAAUUCAUUUUGUUUUCUUUAGAGAUUUCACAGUUAUAGCUCUCUUAAAAGAAUACAAAUUAAGCAGCAGUCCAAUCUGUUUGGUCUGUCAGAAAUAUCAUUUAAAAUAAAGUCUUUUUACAAAGA